AUGGAGCCCAAGAAGCGCUUCGACGAUCUCAAUGACGACUGUAUCAUGGUCAUCAUCGAGCAUCUCCGCCGCAACAACAUGGAUGGCGUCAAGGCCUUCUCUCGGACUAGUCGUCGCUAUCACCAGCUAGCAUUCCCGCAAAUCUUCGAUCUGAAAGACCUUGCACUCCGCGUAUACGAACACGUGGGUGCGCAUUCCGAGACUUUGGCCGCCCUUCGCACUACGACUUUUGUCGCAGAGCACGCCCGUGCCCUCUCCGUCGAACUUUGGCUGUGCUCAGAGUACGACAUCAAGCGAAAGUUCGACCUACCCGACAACGACGCUCUGUAUCCCUUCAAUACGUUACGAAAUUUCCUGAACGGGGCACCUACUAUUCGCGAACUGCGGCUCGAUUGCAGUAGUAUUCCAACGGACCGAACAGACGUGGCCCUCCGAUUCGGCAAGGCUGACCUCCCAAAGAGGAUACGCAAAUGGCAUCCACCCUAUCAAUUCUCCAACAUCAGAGUCCUCCACGUCGCCAAUGUCCACAAUAUUGCCGAAUUGAUCGCAGGCUGCCCGAAGUUGCAUACGCUCUGCGCCACGUACCCAUUCACCAAGCCUAAGACAACAUGCAGCGCUAUCGUGGUCCAUCGUCGCCUCGAGAACGUACACUUGCAGCAACCGAGGCAAUGGACAUCGACGCAAUUGUAUGACGUUUGCAAACAAUUGGACACAGGUGUACGCAGGUUGUGUCUCUCCGGCGACAUGUCGCACUCCAUUGAUACCGCUGAUUACUUCGCCGCACUGCGCCACCUUCGUGGAGUAGAGAUACUGGAGGUGUCAGCUGAUCGGAUUGCUGUCUGGGAGAUGUCGACUGGAGCGAGAAACCUGUUCAGAGCGGCAUCGACUGCCUUUUCAAAGAUCAGCUUCCAUAAAAACUCAUAUGAGACCACCGCAACUCAUUGCUUCACCCUUGCGGAUGGCGAUACGACAGAAAUCGUCCACACCGAUGCCGAAAAGCCGCGUGGAGUCUAUAAGCCGUUGUCGACUCGCUUAGCUCUCAAGGACUCGUCCUAG